UGAAAGCGGGUUUGCAGGCGCACGCGGCGGGCAUCUUUGCUUGUGUUUUGUUCUUUUCGUCAUCUUGUCGUGACGUCAUCCCGUGAAAAUGAUGGCAAGCUGUGUGUAGCGCUGUGGUUUUGGGAGUCUAACUGUUCUAUGCUCGAUUACUGUUUUCCAGUAGAUCCAGUGAGCGUGAAAUAGAUGGCAAUGGCUAGCGCGGCUGGCUCAUCGAGGGCAGAGUUUGUUGUCGGUGGAAAAUUCAAAUUGGUUCGCAAAGUUGGAAGCGGUUCCUUUGGGGACAUCUACCUGGGAAUCAACAUGGUGAACGGCGAGGAGGUUGCAGUGAAAAUGGAAUCUACCAAGGCUAGGCAUCCACAGCUGCUUUAUGAGAGUAAACUGUACAAGAUAUUGCAAGGCCACGAAGGGAUUCCCCAUACAAGAUGGUUUGGCACUGAAAGAGAUUAUAAUGUGCUUGUUAUGGACCUGCUGGGCCCAAGCUUGGAAGACCUGUUCAACUUCUGCUCCAGACGUUUUACCAUGAAGACAGUGCUAAUGCUGUUUGAUCAGAUGAUUACCCACAUUGAAUAUGUGCACAAUAAAAAUUUUAUCCACAGAGACAUCAAGCCCGACAACUUUCUCAUGGGAAUCGGUGGUCACUGCAACAAGCUUUUCCUGAUUGACUUUGGGCUGGCCAAGAAGUACCGAGACAACCGGAACAAGCAACACAUACCGUAUCGGGAGGACAAAAACUUGACGGGCACAGCUCGGUAUGCGUCCAUAAAUGCCCACCUUGGCAUUGAGCAGAGUCGCCGGGAUGACAUGGAGUCUAUGGGCUACGUGCUUAUGUACUUCAACAGAGGUAGUUUGCCCUGGCAAGGCCUGAAGGCAGCCACAAAGAAGCAGAAGUAUGAAAAAAUUAGCGAGAAAAAGAUGUCCACACCUGUCGAGGUGCUCUGCAAAGGUUUCCCUGCUGAGUUCACCAUGUACCUCAACUACUGCCGUGGCCUACGCUUUGAGGAAAUGCCAGACUACAAGUACCUGCGCCAGAUCUUUCGCAUUCUUUUUCGCACGCUGAACCACCAGUACGAUUACGUCUUUGACUGGACCAUGCUCAAGCAGAAGGCAGCUGCCUCUGCUGCUGCUUCAGGCGCUAUGGCCGGACAGCCCAAUACUGCUGCAGGCAUCAGUGCAUGCUCGGCAGCAGGUUAAAAAAAACAAGCGAGGCCGCUAGGCCACGAAUGGAGUUUGCAGAGUUUCACAUCUGGCUUGAUAGAUCCUGAGCUAGGCGUGCCUGCUCUAGCCUUUGCUGUUAUUGGUGUCUUGUCUUUGGGUGGGCCUCCAGAAACUUGCUCCAUGUGUGUAUGUUUGUACAGAAUAAAGCUUGCUACAGUGGACUUAAAACUGCUACUAGGGCUGCCAUGUUUGGACGUACCCCACCUUUUUUUUUUCAUUUAAACAGGCACACUGUCAUGAAUUUUUUGGGUAAUAUGUGCACACUUUGCCACCUUAAAAGACGUGGCUUGCCUCCACUGUUAUGCGGAAUUGUUAGGCACAUCACUCAGUGGUGCUCUUAAAAAGCUCUAGUUUUCCAUUUUACAGCUCUGUUUGGCAUUCUGCUGUAAGCAGCCCUUGUAAAUGGUUCAGUGUACGGAGACUAGAAGCUUCCGCGUAGUGUUUGUGAUGCUCGGAUACAUGUGGAAGUGCUUUCAGUUGGCUGAAGUGCCUGCCUGGAAUGUGUCCAUUUUGAAGUUGCUUGUGGCCCAUGUAUAUUCUUUUGUUUUGCCUCCUCAACUUUAUUUAGGACUGCUACUGAAUCUGUACAGUGGAUGUCUUGCAUCAUGCAACUUUUUCACUCUUGCCAGCAUAGGCUGGUUGGUACACUAUCACAUGUCUUGCAUAAUGCAACUUUUUCACUCUUGCCAGCAUAGGCUGGUUGGUACACUGUCACAUGUCUUGCAUAAUGCAACUUUUUCACUCUUGCCAGCAUAGGCUGGUUGGUACACUGUCUGUUAUCGCUUCAUGAAACAAGGAUUUAGUAACAUGUUUGGAGAACAUCGCAUGGGGCUCUGUUGAAGGUGGUGAUGCAGAGUACUUGAACAUUGAGAAACAAAUCUUAAGCACAUCAGCAUACUGUCCACUGACAGAUACGAUAGGCAGCCCGGUGUUUAGCUUUAGGGGUGAAACAAGUUCUACAUUAAGAGCGUCUUUGCCCAUUUCCAUGCUCCCCCGUUUUAGGGGAAAUAUUGCAGGUUUAAUUUAGUUCUCAAGCACUUAUCCAUUCUCCGUUGAACUAAGGCCUUUUCUUCUGUAUGACUACUGUGACCCCUGCUUGCUCUCAUGUUUAAGAGCUAAUGGAACAAUGUACAAGGAUUUGUUGCAUUUUGUAGGAGCCUGUCCAUUUACUCUGAAAAUGUUUGUCGUAUCUGGUUGUGCAACAUAAUUUGACUGCGUUUGGAAUAAAUUCAUCAGUAAAAUGCACUCGUUUUGUUUUUGAGUGUGAAGGGCUGCUUGCCAUCCAGCUUGUUUACAGGACACAUCAAGAACUCACACAGGCCACAUGAUUUUAUUUAGAGGCUGAACCAAUCGGUAGCACAUGGUGCUAAUAUGUUGCUUUAGCUAUAAGCAGUUGGCCUAUUCAAAAAAAUUGUGCUAGCGUUAGUCUUACAAACAGUACAUGCUUAGGAGCACACAAUAACAAAAAUUGCUUUGGCUGUACAGUUUUAAGGUAUAUGUAAAAACUAGGUGCUUAACAAUUUGCACAAGCUUUGCAAGUGCAGAAGAGUUUCAAUCGACUAAUAACUAUCGUCUCCCAGUAUUGGAUCAGUACCAAAACUGAGAAUUCGAUUCCAAUACAUGUGAAUGACACACUUGUGCACAUCAAUCAUUGCGCUUGGAUCUGACCUGUGGUGAAUGAAGCCUCACCCUCUUUUUUUUUUUUCACGAAAUGUCUGCUAAAGUACACAUUUCUGAACAUGUGACACUGUACACACGUGGAGCAACUUCUCUGCUACAUAACUGGUUUAACUAUAACAAGAUACUUUUCUUUGUCGGUGUUUUCCUAGACAUUGUACAGUACAUCAAUACACUGUUUGGUUAGGAGAGGUACUUAGUCUGUGGUAAAAUGACAUUCAUCUUUUGCAGCAAUUGCCACAAUCAUGCUAGCUGUGUAAAAAUGUUGUGGACAAUUAAAAGCUCAAAUGUGC